CUUUCUCUCCUCCCUCCUCAAAGUCUCUCCCCUUAAUCCCAUUUGCCAUUGUACAAGCCCAAUCGCCUAUACUUUCCGCAUUUAACUUGGAUGACAUUUUUAUUUCGUCAUUAGCAUCAGACGCCACACCGGCUCCGCGGGUUCGGCGUUCGAGUCCGGGAUGAUACAUCUGGCACGCCGGUGCACGCGUUUUGCCUCUCGACCGUUUUCUCUUUUUCGAGCCUUCCAGUCUGCAAUCUUUCAAUAAAGCGCCGAGAAGACAACACAAGAGGAAUCCGAUCUUUAGAAAAGUAGAAACUAAAUACAAACUCACCCUCAUUUUGCGGUCCUCACCUCCGCGCGUCCCUGCCACCGCCAUGCCCGAGACCACGCAGGAGGCUCCGGCCAAGGACUCCCCCUUCUUCAUCAAGAACCUGCUCAACUGCGACAGCAAGCCCCCCAAGCCCAAGCCAGUGCUGGCGGCCUCCAAGGCGGCCCUGGAGGCUGCAGGAGGGUUCUCGUUGUCCCAGGUGGCCGACUUCGGCUUCCCUCGUUUCGAGCUGCCCGCGCAGAGGUUCGCUCUGCCGGCCCACUACCUGGAGCGCACGUCGGCGUGGUGGUACCCUUACGCCCUCAACUCGUCUGCACACAUCCACAGAAGUGAAGUCGCAGAGAAGCUGUCAGCCAGAGACUCGUCCCCAACAUCGGGAACAGACAGAGACUCUCCAGAACUGGUCCUCAAGUCUGAGCCGGAAGCCAAAGACGAGGAGGACGACGACGAGCACACGGCGAGCAAAAGCGGCGACGAGAUCAUCCUGGAGGAAAGCGACUCGGAGGAGACCAAGAAGGACGAGCUGGACGACUGGAAGAAGCGAGGGGAUGACGACAAGAAGCCGUGCCGCAAGAAGAAGACUCGCACCGUCUUCUCCAGGAGCCAGGUGUUCCAGUUGGAGUCCACCUUCGACAUGAAGCGCUACCUGAGCAGCUCCGAGCGCGCAGGCCUGGCCGCCUCGCUGCACCUGACCGAGACCCAAGUCAAGAUCUGGUUCCAGAACCGCAGGAACAAGUGGAAGAGGCAGCUGGCCGCCGAGCUGGAGGCGGCCAACCUAAGCCACGCCGCCGCGCAGAGGAUAGUGCGGGUGCCCAUCCUCUACCAUGAGAACUCGGCCUCGGAGGGCGCCGGUGCCACCCCCAGCGUGCCUGCCAGUCAGCCGCUGCUCACCUUCCCUCACCCCGGUGUGUACUACUCGCACCCCAUCGUCACCUCCGUACCCCUGCUUAGACCUGUGUGAGAGACACCCCCGAAACAAAACUAUAAACUUCAUAUUUUUGUACUCCACGAAGAAAAAACCCAAUGUAAGACCUGUUUGUCUUAUUUGCCAUUACACGUUGCGACAAUUCACCACAUUUUUAUUCUUAUGAAUGAUUCUAUCAUCUCAGGAGCCGACCUGCUUACACUGCCGACAGAGUGUCUUCUAUUUUUCAUUUGUCUUGUUUACAGCCCUCCGUUCACAUACAGAGCAGGCCCGCAUCUCAAUAAAUGAUUCAAUAAAUCCUACAAAAGUUCAAUUCAGGCUAAGAGAUCAGUUCAACUUUUUUGUUUGCUAGAUUGAACUUUCGGACCACAUUUUUUUAGCUGUAAGAAUCCAAGUGAAUAAAUACAUUCUUGAAAUAUUUCGUCAGGCUACCGUAACUACUGACAUAAAUCAAAGAUUUUCUAAUUUAUUGAGAUGCGCCCGUGUUUACCAUCACGUGCAAUAGCCCCACCCCCAUUCAAACAAUAAUCAUUUUUAUUUGAUAAUCAUUCUGUUUCGUUCAGCUUUGACCAAGAGCUUGACGGGUGACAAUCAAGACACUCUCAACUGUUAAUGCCCCCCAGCCCCACCCCCUGUUUCUGUAUAUUUUUAGUUUUGGGGGAAUCCUGCUCCUUUCUUUUUUAUUUUUUUAUUCUACGGCGUCGACGACACUGGUGUAUAAAACGAUGUAAAUGUAUAUAUUUAAUGAAGGAAGCGGAGCCAGGAGAUGUUCUUUGUACAGGGAAACAAAAACCGUUUUUUGAUAUUGUAUU